CUGAGUUGGUAAACAACUUUGACCUCAUGGUGGAAGACACACUUUUAGGGGACGAGGCUGCAUAGCAUUGAAAAUAAAUCCAGACAUUCGUAAUUACUGGCGGUGUGAGGGAGACCCACCAUGGCCGGCGACAUGAUAUUGGUGAUGCGUGGCUUGGCCAAGCUGAGCCAGGCGGUAAUAGACACUCAGGCCAACACACUGUGUAUUGGAGGAGCCCAGGCCAUGGCCCAGAGCAUGCAGAUGACUGCAGAGCAGAGCCUGGGAGUAGCCAUGCAGAAGAUGCAGGAGUUUGGCGGGCAGCAGCAGCAAAGUGUGUCUGAUGACUUUCCAGCAGACAUAGACAGUAAGUAUGACUUCUCCGGAGCAGAGGGGAGCAGCGUGGACAGUGGAGAACACGUAGAGUCAGGGUUCAGAGAAGAGGGACAAGGCGUUUCCUCAGAGGGGAUGGGGACCACAGACGGCACGACCUGCGGGACAUUCAACGGCCAGGCCUCACUCAAAUCCAAGCUGUUUGAGGGCUACAAGGACCCCAGCAGGCAGUUCUCAGGACAGAUCCGUUCCUACCUAUCCUAUAGCUCCUACCGCUCCUAUCACCAGGACGGCUCGGGGGUUGGGGGCCUCACGGCCGAGGACAUAGAGAAGGCCAGAGAAGCCAAGAGGAAUGAGAAACCACACAAACAAAUGCUCAGUGAAAGGGCACGAGAGAGAAAGGUACCAGUGACACGGUUAGGGAGACUGGCUAAUUUUGGAGGUCUGGCUGUAGGACUGGGCUUCGGAGCGCUGGCUGAGGUAGCCAAGAAGAGUAUGAGGCCAAGUGAGGAUAAUGCUGACAAGAAGGCCGUUCUGGACUCCAGUCCGUUCCUGUCGGAGGCUAACGCAGAGCGGAUCGUCAGGACGCUGUGUAAGGUCCGCGGAGCCGCCCUGAAACUGGGCCAGAUGCUCAGCAUUCAAGAUGAUGCCUUCAUCAACCCCCAGCUGGCCAAGAUCUUUGAGCGUGUGAGACAGAGUGCAGACUUCAUGCCCAUCAAGCAGAUGACGAAGUCAAUCAACAACGACCUGGGCCCUAACUGGAGGGACAAGCUGGAUUCGUUUGAGGAGCGACCGUUCGCUGCGGCCUCCAUCGGACAGGUCCACCUGGCUAAGAUGAAGGACGGCAGGGAGGUGGCCAUGAAGAUCCAGUACCCCGGAGUGGCUAAAAGCAUCGACAGUGACAUCAACAACCUGAUGACUCUCCUCACCAUGAGCAACGCACUGCCUGAAGGUCUCUUCCCUGAGCAUCUGAUUGAGGUGAUGAGCAGAGAGCUGGCACUGGAAUGUGAUUACAUAAGAGAGGCCAAAUGUGCCAAGAAAUUCCAGGAGCUGCUGAAAGACCACCCGUUCUUCUACGUGCCAGAUGUAAUAGACGAGCUGAGCAGCAACGCCGUCCUCACCACAGAGCUGGUCCCCGGCUUCCCUCUGGACCAGGCUGAACAACUCUCCCAGGAGCUCAAGAACGAGAUCUGUGAGAAUAUCCUGAAACUUUGUUUAAGGGAGCUGUUUGAGUUCAGAUACAUGCAGACUGACCCCAACUGGUCCAACUUCUUCUACGACCCGCAGACACACAGGGUUGCAUUGUUGGAUUUCGGAGCCACGAGGGGAUUUAGUGAGGACUUCACUGACAUCUACAUUGAGCUCAUCAAGUCAGCAGCAGAGGGAAACAGAGAGGGGGUUCGGAAGAGAUCAGUAGACAUGAAGUUCCUCACAGGUUAUGAGUCAAAGUCCAUGGUGAACGCCCAUGUGGACGCGGUGAUGAUCCUGGGCGAGGCCUUUGCCUCUAUGGAGCCCUUUAACUUCGGAGCCCAGAGCACCACAGAGCGCAUCCACAACCUGAUUCCUGUGAUGCUGAAGCAGCGCCUCACCCCGCCCCCCGAGGAGACCUACUCUCUCCACCGCAAGAUGGGCGGCUCCUUCCUCAUCUGCUCCCGCCUUGACGCCAAGCUCGGCUGCAAGAACAUGUUCCAGGAGGCCUAUAACAACUACUGGAGGGGCCGCCCCAACCGACCAAGCCAGUGACGGACACCACAGAGGGCCAAUCGCAUGGCUACAGCAUCAGGGUUACAGAGGGUGUGGACUAUAAGGGGAGGGAUGUUGACCCUACCCAGACUUUCUCUACUGUUCAUUUAAUGUAUAUGAUUGGCACUUUUUUGCCCGUCCCUCCCCCGAACCAGAAUAUGUGUGUAUAUUCACUACCGGUCCAAAGUUUUAGAACACCUACUCAUUCAAGGGAUUAUCUUUAUUUUUACUAUUUUCUACAUUGAGAAUAAUAGUGAACACAUCAAAACUAGGAAAUAAUACAUAUGGAAUCAUGUAGAACCAAAAAAACAAAUAAAAAUAUAUUUUAUGUUUUAGAUUCUUCAAAGUAGCCACCCUUUGUCUUGAUGACAGCUUUGCACACUCUUGGCAUUCUCUUAACCAGCUUCACCUGGAAUUGUUUUCCAACCGUCUUGAAAGAGUUCCCACAUAUGCAGAGCACUUGUUGGCUGCUUUUCCUUUACUCUGCGGUCCGACUCAUCCCAAACCAUCUCAAUCUGAUUGAGAUCGGGGGAUUGUGGAAGCCAGGUCAUCUGAUACAACACUCCAUUACUCUCCUUCUUGGUCAAAUAGCCCUUACACAGCCUGGAGGUGUGUGUUGGGUCAUUGUCCUGUUAAAAAACAAAGGAUACUCCCACUAAGCGCAAAUCAGAUGGGAUGGCGUAUCGCUGCAGAAUGCUAUGGUAGCGAUCUUGGUUAAGUGUGCCUUGAAUUCUAAAUAAAUCAGUAAGUGUCUCCAACAAAGCACCUCCACACCAUCACAACUCCUCCUACAUGCUUCACAGUGGGAACCACACAUGCGGAGAUCAUCCGUUCACCUACUCUGCAUCUCACAAAGACGAGGCGGUUGCAACCAAAAAACCUCAAAUUUGGACUCAUCAGACCAAAGGACAGAUUUCCAACGGUCUAAUGUUCAUUGCUCGUGUUUCUUGUCCCAAGCAAGUCUCUUCUUAUUAUUGGUGUCCUUUUAGUAGUGAUUUCUUUGCAGCAAUUUGACCAUGAAGGCCGGAUUCACACAGUCUCCUCUGAACAGUUGAUGUUGAGAUGUGUCUGUUACUUGAACUCUGUGAAGCAUUUAUUUGGAAUGCAAUCUGAGAUGCAGUUAACUCUAAUGAACUUAUUCUCUGCAACAGAGGUAACUCUGGGUCUUCCUUUCCUGUGGAAGUUCUCAUGAGAACCAGCUUCAUCAUAGCGCUUGCCGGUUUUUGCGGCUGCAUUUGAAGAAACGUUCAAAGUUCUUGAAAUUCUCCGUAAUGAUGGCCUGUUGUUUCUAUUUGUUUAUUUGAACUGUUUUUGCCACAAUAUGGACUUGGUCUUCUACCAAAUAGGGCUAUCUUCUAUAUACCUUGUCACAAUGAAAUUCCACAAUUUAACUUUUAACAAGACACGCCUGUUAAUUGAAAUGCAUUCCAGGUGACUAAGCUGGUUGAGAGAAUGCCAAGUGUGUGCAAAGCUGUCAUCAAGACAAAGGGUGGCUACUUUGAAGAAUCUAAAACAUAAAAUAUAUUUUUAAUCGUUUUUUGGUUACUAAAUGAUUCCGUAUGUGUUAUUUCAUAGUUUUGAUGUCUUCACUAUUAUUCUACAAUGUAGGAAAUAGUACAAAUAAAGAUAAUCCCUUGAAUGAGUAGGUGUUUAAAAACUUUUGACUGGUACUGUAUAUACUUUUGUGUGUGUUAUUCGGAGUAUAUUAACCAUGGCUGUCCAGUUAACAUAUUCACAAGACGUAUCAGAUGGUUGAUUUGUCUAGGUUGAGUUAACUGGGAUAAAUGCCAUGAUGUGUGUCUGAGAAAGAAUUGUAAAGCUAUUGUGAAAUCAAGACCGUUGGUUUCUUGUGGCGUGGGGAUAUGAUACUGUCUAAUGGCAUAAAACCAGUGGUGGUGAUGAGACAGGAGUUAAAUAUAUUGAAGAACAGUGAUAUACUGUUAAUUACCUAUAUUUUCCAGCAUGUCUGUAGUUCUAGUGUCCUAUGAGGACAAAUUCAAAACAAAUGCUCAUGUGAUUCAUACCAAAGUGUAAAAGGAUGUUUUUCAAGUUUUUAUUCACACUUAUGCAUACUGCACACAUUAACAGGUUGCAGACCAAUUCCUGUUGAGGGAGAAGAUUUGAGGACAAUCUCCUGUUAAGCCUGUCCAUAUAAACGCAUUACAUUUGAGACACAUGAAAUAUCAUAAUAGAUUUAUCAAUGAUCUGCACUGUGUCAUGACACAGUUAUUUCUGCGAGGUGGAGAUGGUUGAUGGAUGGAUCAUGGGACAUGGCCUUACUUUCAGUGCCUGAGGAAAUAAGAACAUGCAUUCUCAUUGACUGAUCUACUUUACCAUGGGCCUGUAGCACCAAAAUGGAGUGUUUUGGCACCAAAGUGUUGUUCUUGUGGCCUGGUGGUCUUAUGACAUUUUGACUAUAGUGUCCUUUAUUAACAGUGGGUAGUGACAACAGCAGGGUUCACAUGAGUUGACAAAACUAUGAUACUAACUGCUGUUUUGUCAUUAAAGCCUGUCUUUACUUUGUGAUGGAAAGACUGAGGCAAGAGAGAAGUGCUCCUAUAUCACAUUUUGUGUGAAUGUAAAUGUGCCUAAAGUGUUUCUAGAAGGAUGUUUAGAAAUGAAUGCUGCUACACAGCUUUUAUAUUGAUAUCAGCAGAAUUUUUAUAAUCAAUUACAUUAUUAGUGUUAUGAUAAAUAUUACAUAUCUGACUCAACACUUGUUCUAAUCAAUGUUGCAUGUGUACUCUUUUUAUGAAAAUAAGAACAACUUUAUUUAGCUUUGGAAUAGAUGUUAUUAGUCCAUCUGCAGAGACAGAAAUUCCUCAACACAAAUGAAUAAAUCUAUUGAUAUCAGAAGA